AUUUACCGUGUGGGUGUGUGACGAUGUGUGUGUGAGUGUGUGUACGCUGGCACUUUGACACCGGAACCCAUUCUGCGCGCGCUGUUCCGUUCAGACAGGCAGACAGGCAAGCAAACACGAGAGACUCGUGUCAUUAAAAUCUCGUCUACGGACCCCUCCGUUGGUCGCGCGCGUCAUUACGCUACAACUACAACUCCUGGCGGCGCUGCUGCUGUCUGUCUGUCUGUCUGUCGACCGAACCCCAAAGGCGCACCGCGAAGCACGAGGAACGCGCGCGCAAAAAGGUGCGAGAGGGACAGGCCAGCCGCUUGGGGACAAUGGGACCGUCCCCUCGCUGUUAAGCCCAGCAGAAGGCGGCAUGACCAAAACGGAGCAGAUUUGAACUUUGACAGGAUCCGCUUUGAUCUGGAUUAAUUGCGGCCGCAUCUGACCGGUGUGAAGAAGGGGACAAGAUCAGAUCAGAUCUCUUUUUUUUAAUUAUUAUUAUUAUCAGCGUGUCAAGGGAAAAGCUAACCCACACUAUGGCUCGUGGAGACAGUCGACUGGAGACCUGGCAGGUGCUGCUGACCAUCUCCAUGUUCAUCAUCCCUCUGUGUGCACAUAACGGGCGGCAUUCGCUGGCCAGACGUCAUCCUCACCACAACCACUCAUCCGUCCACAAAGAGGCCUUGGACACCAGGAUGGUUCUCAGUGAUGACUCAGCAGAGAGAGAGCACCUGAUCGGAGCAGGAAUCGGUGCCCGACUCCCACUCAGCUCCACCAGGCAUCACCAUUCUCACAAACGCCACUACUUGGAUUUUGUAGAGGAGGACCAACACGGGGAGGAGUUUACAGCCGGAGGGGCGGGGCCAGACCAUCCCGGGAACCCGUUAUCUGAUGACGUUAUCACGGUGGCGUUUCACAGUCCGGCGCCAGAUGUUGUGCCCGCCGACGUCACUCUGGAUUGGGCAAAAACCCCCAAAGCUCAAAAGCAGAGAGGUGGAGAACCUAAUAAAUAUUCCCUGACUGAAUACUACGACUACCUGUCUUCUGACAACGACGUCUCAGCAGUAGACACGACCCCAGAACCCGAACCCACCCCUUCACCUCCACCUGACAUGGAGGAUGAGAAUCCGCUCCUGGCAGGUUCUCCGGUGAUCCGCAAAAACUCAAGGCCAAACACCAGUGGUGGGUCAUCUUUGCCAGCUCCUCCUAUGCAGGGACCAGACAACAACAACGGAAUGGGUGUAGGUGGGGCUGUGGGUGCAGAUGGCUGCAGGCUGGGCUUUGUGCUGUCCGGACCAGGAGUUUGUGUGUCUCAGUGCGACAUUGAACAAAACUUUUGCUUCAACGGAGGGGUGUGCACCGUGGUGGCAGGAAUGGGUGCCUUCUGCAGGUGUAACAUACAGGACUACAUCUGGAAUAAAGGCCUGCGCUGUGAAUGGGCCGUCACAGAGUUCCAGGUGCUGUGCGUUGUGGUGGCCGUGGCCUGUUUCGUCUUCCUCCUGCUCUUCAUGAUCAUCGUGUUCUUCGCCAAGAGCCUAUACCGCCUCAAAAACGAGAACAUGCGCCUUCGCAAACGCAGUAAGUACCGCCCCCAGAGCAGCGAGCCACAGACGGACGGCCUCUCGGUUUCGACAACAGCUGACGGGUCGCAGCCAAAUGUAAGGAAACUGUGUGACACCCCUCCGCCUGCCCCCCAAGCUCAUACUCACAACCUGGCGUACUAUGACAACAUUAUCUGUCAGGAUGAGCCGCAGAAGAAGGAGAACCAAGCCAAAUCCCCCCAGCCUAAAGAGGAGGGGUCUAUGAACAUCCUGAACUCCCACUCCCCCAAGCAUGAGAACAACCGCCCUGCCUCUGUCGUCCACGGCCACACCCCCAACAACACGGAGGAAAACACAGAGGUAAACAUGCUCCAGAACAACCUGGUGUAACAUCAGCGCCUGAUCAAGUGUGCAGCGGUUGAAUCAGACCAAAAUAUUUUACAGUGCACACACAGAGGUUUUUGGAAGAAAAAAUAAAAUAAAAUAAAAGUUUACACCUUGCUAAGUAAGAUUUUCUAAAAGGAACUAAUAAGAUCUAAAGUUAAAAGUGAGCACAACACAUAUUUAUAGUUCCAACGCGAGAAGCACAAUAGUUCUGUUUACGAGGCUGCCAUGCUCACAUCGAUUACACAGUGGCGCCGCCGCCUCCUUUUCUCCUUCUAUCUGCCUUUAAUGCUGGACUAAAAUCUCUGGCUCGGACCAACUACUGACUGACUGUUCUCUCUACUGAUGCUUUGCCUUGGUCUUUUGACCAAUGAACUUCUGCAUUGUCUUUUCUCCUGUUUCCCUGAGCUUCCCCUCUCUCUGCCUUUCCCCCUCUGCCUCAGCCUUUCCCCCACCUAACUGUGUCUCUCUGCCCGCAUGCAUUGAUGUUAUCAGCGAAAAUGUGUCUGAAAAACGUACAAUUUGAAAAAAAAAGAAGAAGAAGAAAAUGUGUGGAAAUAAAGUGAAUCUGUAUUUGCAAACUAUUAAUGUUCAGCAUUGCUAAAAUAAGUUGAUAUGUCUAGAUUACCUGAGGAUAAAGUAAUUGCUUAGAGUUGAUAUUUGAAUCUAUAUGCAUAUAUUACAAGCGCUGUGUCUUGGUUUUCAAUGUGUUUUGCUAUCUUUAAUGUACUUGAUAUUCUUUUCUACCUUUUUGGCUAUUCAUGGAGGGUUACAGUUCACAGUUGUUGGAAUAAAUCUUUUUAAUUUUA